AGGCAGAUCCCCAUGCUGCGCACGCGCGUGGAGGAGCGCGACGACGGGCCGUACCUGGUGGCCGGCGCCUGCCCGAGCGUGCAGCUGACGGUGCUGCCGCCUGGUGGCGACUGGCUGGACCAGCACCACUGUUUGCUGCAACAGACCAAGAUCGAUCCGCGCACGGGGCCGCUGUGGCGUGCGUGCCUGCUGCACGACCCGGCAAACAUCGCUCCGCCGGUAGCGUCAUCUCACCGGGCAGUGCUAUAUCUCUCUUUGUGUCACACGAUAACAGAUGGCCUUAGUAACGCUAAGUUGUGUGGCAAGCUUCUUGAGAAUCUGGACUGUCUGUUGCGAGGCCUCGGCAUAGCUGACGGUGAGCCGGCACCGGUGUAUCCCAGUGUGGAGGAGCUGCUCCAGAGCCAGGUGUCUGUCUGGAGCUGGUCCUUCGUCUGGAACAUGGCCUGGGAUCUGCUCUCGCGGCUGAUCGAACCAACCAAGUCCCAGCUGCUGGACAAGUUCGUCAAACCAUUCGAUCCCAGUCAGCCGGCCGGCACGUACUCCACGGCCACGGUGGCCGUCACGGUGCCGGCGCCGGAGGUGGCGCGGCUGCGCGCGCUGUGUCGCGCCCACGGCGUCUCGCUGAACGCCGCGCUUUCUGCAGCCGUGUCGUUCGCCGGCGCACGCCUGUCGGGCGUCGGCGGCGAUCAGUCUGCCCACCUUCCCACCGUCUGGCUGGUAAACGCCCGGCGCUACCUGCCCUCCACCGACUGGAUGUUCCUCUCGACGGUGGCCGGCGUGCGGCUGGACGUGCGCGUGGAGCACGCGGACGUCGCCGAGUUCUGGAGCGUGGCCGAGCCCGAGCGCGGCGGCCUGGGUGGCGCCGAGCUCUCCGGCUGCCUGUACAGCGUCAAUAACCUGGGCUCGCUGGAGCGGGUGCUGCCGCGCACGACGGCCGUGCGCGCCGUGGAGUUACACCGUUCGGUGAGGGCGCCACCGGCGCUGGCCGACACCUUCGGCAGCCACUGCUUCCAGACGGUGGCCGGCCAACUAUGUUACGACCUCAACUAUGUGCGCGGCCGCGUGGCGGAGGCGGAUGCGGCGCACUUCUCCCGGCUGGUGGUCGAGGUGCUGGCCGAAGUGGCCGCGCCCAGCGACACCGAGACGGACGCUGAGUGA